GGUAGCGGGCGGGAGGUACGUCAACCAUCCCUCGCCAUUUUCCGUCAAGCUCACUCAAGUUAGCUUCUGUCAGUCGCUGUGUUUGUGUAUUGUGUUGUGAAAAAUUAUCAGUAUCGAUGAAUAUCAAUGGGAAAUCCUGCUGAUUACGACGCCAAACGAUGGGUCGAUUGUUGUGUUUGUGGCUUUAAUGCAUUGUUCGAGCAGUGAUGAUGGCCAAGUGAAGUGUUUUGUGUCGUAUGCUGGGUUGUCAGCAACAGUGAGAUCCUUUCUCUGGAUAUAUCGUCCUCAAGACGACGUCGGAUCAUAACACGGGAAGGUGACACACCAUGUCGGCAAAAAACAUCCCAGGAGAUAAGAUAAACCUGCGUCUGAUCCUGGUGUCCGGCAAGACGAAGGAGUUUGUGUUCAGUCCGGUGGACUCGGCGGGUGACAUCGCAAUACACGUCUACGAUAACUGGCCUGAAGCGGACUGGGCGGCCGAAUGCGUGUCCCGCGCGGAGAUCCUGCGACUCAUCUACCAGGGCCGCUUCCUGCACAGCUCGGUGACGCUGGGCGCGCUCGGGCUGGCGCUCGGCCGCACCACCGUCAUGCACCUCGUGCCGCGCGAACACCUCCCCGAGCCCAACUCACACGAAUGCGUGUCCCGCGCGGAGAUCCUGCGGCUCAUCUACCAGGGCCGCUUCCUGCACAGCUCGGUGACGCUGGGCGCGCUCGGGCUGGCGCUCGGCCGCACCACCGUCAUGCACCUCGUGCCGCAAUGCGUGUCCCGCGCGGAGAUCCUGCGGCUCAUCUACCAGGGCCGCUUCCUGCACAGCUCGGUGACGCUGGGCGCGCUCGGGCUGGCGCUCGGCCGCACCACCGUCAUGCACCUCGUGCCGCGCGAACACCUCCCCGAGCCCAACUCACACGAUCAACGACAAAAGAGUAAAGGUGGUUCGAGCAGUUGUUGUUCGGCGUCCUGCUGCAUAUUGUAAUGCUCUCCCGUGUGGGUGCGCCGCGGCAGCGAGUGAGGACUCCGUGUUCAGUGUUAGUGACGGGCCGCGGCGCACCCGCGACAUCGCGGCCGUCAGUGACGUGGCGUGCAC